UUAUUCUUGUCUCCUCCGACUUGUAAUCUUGCAAUUGCCAAUGCCCAACUCUGCCAUCUCCCCCCAGAUUAACUCUUAACCAUAUUGCUAGUCAACAAAGUAGAGCUUCUCCUCGAUCGUCCAUGGCGUGCAUCAAAUUAAAUCUCAACGUAGACAAGAUUGAGAAGCAAAAGAGACGACAUCAAAAACCAGAUCAAUGAGGCGGAGCGUCAAGGGAAAAUUCCGACCAACGAAGUGAGCCAGUGGCUACGAGAGGUGGAGAUAUUGGAAGGCAAAGUGGCUGACAUCGACCAGGAUUUCCAAAGCAUGCUCCACUGCUGUGUUUCGUUAGGUUGCUUCAGUUGCAAUUGUUUCAAUCGAACUGGCGGCACGUUGAGUAACCCAACACAGCAAGCAGGAGAUGAUGUUCCCAUCAUAGAGUCAUCAAACUGCUGCUCCAUCAUCCGGAGAGCGGCGAAGAAACUCGACGAGGCUAAUGAAUUGAUGAGCCGAGCUGGUGCCCUGGAUCCGAUUGCCACAGUCGGGCCUCCGGAACCCACCCUGAUGCUUCCCAUCUCACACCGAUCGCCUGUUGGGAUCGAGUCGGAUGUGGAGGACAUUGUGGGCUACGUCGAUGGUGGAGAAGGCAACAUCAUAGGCAUCUAAGGAAUGGGCGGUAUCGGUAAGACCACCAUGUUGAAGAGGAUCCAACAACACUAUCUUCUUAAGCAUACCAUAUUUGAUCGCGUCAUUUGGGUUGUGGCCUCCAAAGGCUGCCAAUUGAAAAGGCUCCAGAUUGAUAUUGCUAAGAGCCUAAAACUGCAUACACUGGAGGAGAAUGACGAUGAGCAAACCUGUGGCGAUAAGCUGUUUAGUUUCUUGAAGAGCAGGAACUGCUUGUUGCUUCUCGAUGACAUUUGGGAACAUGUGGAUGUUCAACUAUUGGGGAUGGCACACUCAGCUACUGAGCGAGGCCAGCAGCAGCAGCCGCGUAAAGUUGUGGUGUUCACGACCCGCAGUGAGAUAGUGUGUGCACAAAUGAAAGCAGAAAAGAAAACCAAAGUCAAAUGUCUGGAUUCAGAUCAAGCAUGGAAACUCUUUGAGCAGAACAGCGAUGGGGAUGUUCUCAGCUCAGAUGCUGGAAUUAAGUUCGUUGCUGAAAAACUUGCUAAAGAAUGUGCUGGUCUUCCGCUAGCUCUUGUCACCAUCGCCCGAGCCCUGUCAGGGAAAAAGUCUUGGGAAGUUUGGAAUGACGCUCUCAAUCAAAUAAGGGAUAAACAUGAAUGGACGACCGUAUGUCUUCCAGAAGAUUCGUUUGUCAUGUAUAAAGCCUUCAAGCUGAGCUACGACAGUUUAGAGAAUGACUCCAUAAGAGAAUGCCUCUUGUGCUGCGCUUUGUGGCCUGAAGAUCAUAAGAUCAAUAAGUUUGAGUUGAUACCGUGUUGGAUAGGUUGCGGUAUAAUCUCUGAAUUUAAUGUGAUCAAUGAAGCUUUAGCCAAAGGAUGCUCGUACUUAGAAGCUCUCAUGGCUACAUCCUUGCUAGAGAAAUGUAGUGACAUGGACUCUUCUUAUGGGGAUACGCUUGUAAAGAUGCACGAUGUCAUCCGAGACAUGGCAUUGUUGAUGGUCUUUGGUUUGGAGAGCAACAAAAGAAAAUGGAUUGUAAAAGCAGGAGUCGGAUUGAGUGAUUUGCCUAGACAAGAAGAAUGACAACAAGCGGAGAGAGUAUCAUUCAUAUGAAUAAUAUUACUUCUUUACAAGAGUAUGGAGCUUCCACUUUUUCAAAACUUUCCAUGUUGAUUCUCCGUAACAACAUAGGCCUCAAAGCAAUUCCUUCAAGUUUGUUCACAAGCAUACCUCAUUUGACAUACUUGGAUCUUGGUUUUUGUGGUAUAUCAGAGCUUUCGAUGGAGAUCGGUAGCUUGACUGAGCUUCAAUAUUUAGACUUCUCCUUCAAUCCUGUUGCAAAACUGCCGGCCGAGUUGGGUUGCUUGUGCAAAUUAGAGUACUUGUUUCUAAGUUCUACCUGUCUUAAGAUUGUACCCAAUGGGACGAUAUCCAAUUUAUUAAUGCUCAAGUGGCUGGAUAUAAGUAACAAUCCUCUUGUACCCAAGUGGUGGUGGGAUGAGCUGAAAUCUUUCAAAGGAGGUCACCAAUUAAGUGUGAGAAUUAACAUUAAUGCUACAACAGAUAACAUUCAGCAACUCAACAUGUUACCAAAUGUCUCCAUAUGGGGACUCACUUUGGAUGGAAAGAAUAUUUCAAAACAUGAGCAAGUAAUGGAUCUGAGCACUCCACAAUGGGGUUGCAGGGUAAGUGACAAGCUUGAAAUUCUGAACAUUGUGUCUCGGAUUAUGCAGAUUAGUGUUGGCUGUAGGCAUGGGUCGGGAAUCAAGUUUUGGAUGUUUAAAGCGUCUCCAUUUUCAAUUCCUAGAACUAUUGGUAGAGAUUUCAUUGAAGAGAGUUCGACUCUAUAACCUUCGUGAAAUAUAUAUUUCUAAUUACCCCAUGUUGAAGGAUGUUUCUUGGGUUCUCCAACUACCAUGCCUUAAUUUUCUACCGAUAGAAUCUUGUCGAAAAAUGAAGGAACUAAUAAGUGAGGUAGGGAACUCCAACUCCAUCACUAUCUCUAGCAUCCAGACCUUGGUUUUGGACAAAAUGCCAAACCUCAAUAGCAUUGCAAACCGACAACUCCAUUUUCCCUACUUGGAAUAUAUAGAUGUGAAAGAUUGCCCAGAGCUCAAAAAAUUAUCAUUUAGGGCUGAAAUGUUAAAGAACAGAUUAAAAGGGAUUCACGGUGAACACCAUUGGUGGAACAACUUGGAUUGGGAUGACGAGAGCAUGAAGGAUUCCUUGACUCCUUAUUUUAGGUAACACGGAUAUAUUUUUCAUAUCAAAUAAGUUAUUAUUUAUUUUAUCUGUAUAAAAUGAAUGAAUAAUUAAAAAUUAUUUAGUAUUUUAUGAAGUAGGCAAAAUUAAAUAGUUUAAGAUGCAUGCCUUCGUUUGAUAUUCUUUUAAGGGCAAUUUAGGGAUUCUGUUUUAGAAAAUAAAUGUCUUUUUAU